UGGGAUACUGGAAGAGUGCGGACAGUCAGCCUGGAAGAGAUUUGUUGUUGGCGGAAGGAAGGAAGGAAGGGCUGGGGGUAGUUGAGAGCGGCGAGCCGAUGGAGCGGGCAGCCGUGCCACGGAGGAAGGGGGUCGGUGGAGGCGGGGGGCUGAGCUCCAACUCCAGGUCUGUGUCGGCUAACAGCUUGUCGACCAGCGGCGGGGCUUCGCCGAGCCCGGCCAACUCCCGCCGCCGGAGGCAGCCGCCGCGGCCGGCUGACUAUAAACUUCAGGUGAUCAUCAUCGGCAGCCGCGGCGUGGGCAAGACCAGCUUGAUGGAGCGCUUCACAGACGACACGUUCAGCGAGGCCUGCAAAUCCACCGUCGGUGUUGAUUUUAAAAUCAAAACAAUAGAGCUAAGAGGGAAGAAAAUUAGAUUACAAAUCUGGGAUACUGCAGGGCAGGAGAGAUUCAACAGCAUUACUUCAGCAUACUACAGGAGUGCCAAAGGAAUUAUCUUGGUAUAUGACAUUACAAAAAAAGAAACAUUUGAAGAUGUACCUAAAUGGAUGAAAAUGAUUGACAAGUAUGCUUCAGAGGAUGCAGAGCUUCUGUUAGUGGGAAAUAAGCUAGAUUGUGAAGUUGACCGAGCAAUUACUCGUCAGCAAGGAGAGAAGUUUGCCCUGCAGAUAACUGGGAUGCGUUUUUGUGAAGCUAGUGCAAAGGACAACUACAAUGUCAGUGAGAUAUUUUUGAAGCUCGUGGAUGACAUUUUAAAUAAGAUGCCUGAAGUACCCAAGCGCGAGUUAUCAAACAGCAUCCUGUCACUACAGCCAGAGCCUGAAAUUCCACCAGAACUUCCACCAGCUCGGCCGAAUGUUCGCUGCUGCUGACUGGAGCUUCUCCCCUGCGCCAUACUGCGCUCGUACUCGCGUACGUCUCUGCAAUGCAAUCAGUCUCACCAUUGUCAUCAUUGCACUUUGUAGGAAUGAUCAGAGAAGAACUUGGACUAACUUUGUAUAUGUGUGAAGUUUUAAAAUGGCAUAGGAUAAAAUUACUCUGUUCGGAAUAACUGCACAUGUAUUUUUUAAAAUCCUCUGAUCUCUAGCAAAGUUGAUGUUUUCUAUACUAGUACAGUAUUUAAUGUUGGCACGUAGUACCAAGUGAUUUCUAAACUUUGGAAGGGACUUUUUUUUAUUGGUACUCUAACAAAAGUCAAGCCACCAAAAAGGCUGUCUAAGUACUAGCACAGAGCUGCUAUUGUCAGUGGUAUCAUGGUAUCACUGCUGCCUUUGAGUAGUACACGGUGGGUACAUUAGAAAAACAUAUGAACCCAGUUUGGAAAAUAUUUUGGAAAUUCUGCAAAUCCUAAUAAUACACAUACAAGGGAACCCCAUAAGAUACAUGGUUGGUUUGUUUGUACAUUGGUGCAUAGACUGCAAAUAUGCAUUUUAAGUACCCAGGAAGCUUUGGGAACUAAAAGGUUAACACUAAUUUGUGAUCUAUCAUUUGGAGAAAACUAAAGUUGUUCUCGGAGUGUGAAGCACAGAAAUAUUUAAUGUGCAGUGGCAGAAAUGUGCCAUGCAAUUUGAGUAUUUUAUCAAAGACAGAACACUAUUGUGGUCAGGGCAGACAUAAUCCACUUUUCUCCAUACUAAUCAUAAAAGGUGUGUUGUGAAAGGACACGAUUUGUGGUCAUUUUAGAAGCACUUAAUAUUAAGUUCUGGGCAGGGGGAGGGGGGUACUGGGUAAAUGGUUCAGGCUCAUAUUUUAGGUGAGUAUUUUAUAGUGUACUUGAAAUUUCAAGAGGGCAUUUUAUAAAAGUUGCCUUAUGUGGAUCAAAUGUUUCAAAAUUUGGUCUGUUCAAAGAUAUUUUGAUUGUGCAAAUGACUGCACCUCGCACUUGCACCAUAGCUGUACUCAGCACUCCCUCAUAACGAUGUUAGAUUUAAAUUUUGGGUGCCAAGUGCAUUGCAAAGUGGGUGUAAUUUACUUGAAGGAAACCCCCACUUAUGACGUGGCUCAUAAUACGAGCAACAGAGUAACUUCCAUAUCCAAGACUGAAGAUUUUUUUGUGGAAAUAUGUGAGUACAGUAUUCACUUUGCUAUAUUAAUGGUUGGGGAAGUAAUUUUGAAUUACUCAAAGUUUGUACUGGUGUUCCCACAAAAGGGCAGAUACACUCCCAGCUUGAUUCCAGAUUGUGCUUGGUCAUUGCUGUAUGUGGAAUAUGAAGGUCUUCCCACUAUUAGUGCAUGUUAUUUAAAAAGUGAAGUCUGUCUCUGGUGUAGCUGAUUUUUUUUUGAUGGAUUCAAAUAUAAGCAUGGUAUGUAAAAUUGUGACCUAUUAAAACUAUAUACACAUAAGCA